UGCGCUCGCACAGGCGGAGUACCACAACAGGAGCACACUCACUGCGGCUCGUCAACUAAAAGAAAAAGAAAAAACGAAAAAAAAAAAAAAAAAAGCGGGCGCACACCACGGCAGGAUGUGGGCGACGAGGAGCGGCUUCUCCUGGAGACUUUUGCUUUUCUCCUGUGUGUUUCUGGAGAGUUUAUCCCAGGACUUUGUCGGACAGACGCAGUUCAUAUGCACGUCCGUGCCCAAGGAUGUGGACAUAUGCGCGGCCACGCUACAGAACAGCGUGCCUGGGGAGGACUUGAAAACCACCGUAAUGCAGCUGCGGGAGACCGUGCUGCAGCAGAAGGAGACGAUCAUCAACCAGAAGGAGACCAUACGGGAGCUGACCUCAAAGUUGGCCCGGUGCGAGAGUCAGAGCGGCGGCGUGGAGCCUGGGGACGCGCGGCCCGGGGGCAGGAGGAAAGAAGCAGGGACCAAAAACACCAUGGGGGACGUGUCCAGAGGCCCCGCGGAGACUUUGACGCAGCUCUCUCAGACUUUACAGUCGCUGAAGCAGAGAUUGGAGAAUCUGGAGCAAUUCAGCAGGAGCAACAACUCGGUGCAGACCAACAGCCUGAAGGACCUGCUUCAAAGUAAAAUCGACGACUUGGAGAAGCAUGUGUUGUCCCGGGUGAACAGCAUCGAGGAAGGGAAGCCCGGUCUCAGGAAUGAGACCGAGCAGCGUGGGAAAGUGGAGUCCACGCUCACCUCCCUACACCAAAGGAUCACGGAUUUAGAAAAAGGUCAAAGAGAAAACAGGCCCCUGGAUAAGUUCCAGCUCACAUUCCCUCUGAGGACCAACUACAUGUAUGCAAAAGUGAAGAAGAGCUUGCCUGAGAUGUACGCCCUGACCGUGUGCAUGUGGCUGAAGUCGAAUGCGUCCCCUGGAGUGGGGACACCUUUCUCCUAUGCAGUACCGGGUCAGGCCAAUGAGCUGGUCCUCAUAGAAUGGGGGAACAACCCCAUGGAGAUACUGAUAAACGACAAGGUCGCAAAGCUGCCCUUUCUCAUCAAUGACGGAAAGUGGCACCACAUAUGCGUAACCUGGACGACUCGGGACGGGGUCUGGGAAGCUUACCAGGAUGGCGUCAAAAGAGGAGGCGGAGAGAAUCUGGCACCGUAUCAUCCUAUCAAACCCCAGGGAUUGUUAAUCCUUGGCCAAGAGCAGGACACUUAUGGCGGGGGGUUCGAUGCCACACAGGCUUUUGUCGGAGACCUGGCGAAUUUCCACAUCUGGGAUCGGAAGCUCUCCGAAGGGGAGAUUUACAAUCUAGCAACCUGCAGCAGCAAAGCUCAAGUGGGCAACGUGUUUGCAUGGAUGGAGACGAGCCUGGACAUUUACGGCGGCGCCUCGAAGUGGACAUUCGAAGCUUGCCGCCAUCUCAACUGAACUGAGCCGCGGAUGAAGAAUAAAACAUUUGCGAAUGCCACUUUUGCCACGGUGGUUAGUCAGCCAGCCUGAAGGAUAAGGAGAAGACUUUUUCAGUGAAGGCGAACUGGAAUUUUUCUCAUAGGUAUUUUGAAAACUUUAUUUGUGAGAGAUCUGCAGGUUCUUAAGUGAUUUUCUGGUGUGGGAGGAGGUCACUGAAGAGGUCAACUUUUGGCAUCUGGCGUUGCUUGUCAGCACAUGUGGUUUCAUUUGGGGAAAAAGGUAAGAGAUGGCACUUCUGAAAGGAAGAAGUUACAGCGUGAAGGCAAACAAAUAACGGGCCGAGUUCAAGCGUGCAGCAGGAAAAGUUCGCGCAGGUUUUUUAGAAAACUGAUGUCACACAAUUCAAAGAAAACUAAUGAAUCUCCAGCGGUCUUUUCUGUCUCGACUGCCAGAGGUUUGCACUGUGGAGAACACGCAGGUGGACUCAUCUAGCAGCAAGGUUUGCUUUUGGAGGCUUUGAAAAAGACAAAACCGUUUCUCGACCACUCUCCUUUCUCUAAAAACCACCCGCUUGACGUGAUUUUUGUGCAAAGAGCGACUCUGAUCAUUGCCAACAUGUGAGCCUGAGUGCCUUGGGCUGUGGACAAAAAAGAAAAAAAAAACAUCUCAGCAUAUCCAUUAUCAUUUGCAGAGUGUUUGUGUUAAUUUUCCUGUAAAAGGUUUUCAAAAGCAGUCUUUCUUGUAACACUUUGAAAUGCAGUCGGACCAGAUUAAAUGCUGUAAAAUGCAAUUUGGUUUGCAUUUUUCUUUUUUUUUUUGUCUGGUUGCUCGAAUUAGAGUGGAAAUGUUCUUUUUGUACAGUAACAAGCAUGUCUUAACUUCUGCGAUGCUGCAACAUCAUCUCUAUUCUUUGCUUUUAAUGUCCUUACCUUUAAAUUGAGAUUUUAUACUGUAUUGUUAUAUGCUUAAAGCAUGGCAACACAGAUGGAUGAAAAAACAAAAACAAAAAAAAUCUAGUUUUUGUAAUAAAUUGUGAUACUUGAACCAUAGGCAGGUGUAUAUAUAUAAUUAUUUUUGCACAUGUUUGGUAUGUCAAAUGAGUUGACCAAAUGUGACAAAGUCAGAGCUCCUUUUGGGUCACAGUUGGUGCAAAAAUGAUGAACAGAAUAAAGUUGUUACUGAUGCAAAGGUU